AUGGCCCCAUCAUCGUUUGAACAGCUAACAACUGAAGCAGACCCUGAUAAUGGUAAGAACUUGCAUCCAGUGAAAUUUAUAGUGACAGAGACAGGAAAAUAUUCUUCUCAGAAAAUAAAUAUCCCAAGAUAUAGAACCGAAGUUCAAAGUAUUACUUUGGAAACUUCUGAAGUGGGACAUUUUGUGACACUUAAUGGAACAGUUUGCUUUAUCCUUGGCACUGAUGUGGAGUACAUGAAAAGACUGAAAGGAUUUGCUUUAAAGUGCGAGUGCAAACAAGGUUGGCAUGGGAGAGAUUGUGGUCAACCAGAAGUUGUAUGGCGAGCGUAUAUUGCAUCACAGCAAAAAAUCUCUCCUAAAAAGAGAAAAAAACCUCGUCGUUUGAUUCAUGCAUUUUCUAUAAUAAACCUUGAAAUAACUCUAGUUGAGAUAAAGAUUCGUGAAUUAUCAGAUGUGGUUGACCUCUUCAUAGUUUGUGAGUCAAAUUAUACUGAAACUGGUGAAGAGAAAUCACUCUAUUUUCAGAACAAAUUAAGAAAAGGUUUCUUACAUGACAUACAACAUAAAAUUCUGUAUGUACCAGUGGAGAUAUAUAAAAACAAUGAAGCACAUCUACAAACAAUGAAGAAGGAGCUAUGGCUUCGAGGGAAACGAGCUAUCAAUAAUUUACGAGAUGAUGAUAUGCUAGUUCUAAUGGAUACUCAUGAAAUACCAAAUACCAAAGCCCUUCUAUUUUUUAAACUUUAUGACAGUUGGCCACAACCUGUGGGAUUUAGACUCCGUUGGUCAGUAUAUGGUUUCUUCUGGCAGCAUCCCAAGAAAACAAUAACAGCACCUGGAGCCUGGUCUGUACAAUUAAUGGAAGAUGAUUAUCACAGUGAUCUAUCUAAAAUUCCCACUGGCGAUGAGGCAUUAAGUUUUGGUCUGGUUAUAGGAGAUCUUAAUCAUUAUGGUGGAUGGUACUGUUCAUGGUGUUUUCAUCCGCAAGAUGUGGUUUUGGCUUUACAAGGCAGCAAGGGGAACCCUGUGAAGUGGAACAAAGUUGACAAGAAAAUAGAUGCCAAUUCUAUCGAGGAACAUAUAGGUUCUGGCUUGUGGUUAGACAGUACAACAAUGCUGGUUCGUAAAUAUCAAUACGGAGAUCCAUAUUAUGCGCCACAAUAUGUGCUCAAUAAUUCAUGGAAGUAUGACUUUUUGUUGACAAAUUUUUAUGCACGAAACGACUACAAUUAA